UAAGGUCACCUUCAAAAACUUCCGUAGUCUAGUGUUGUGGCGAAGGGUUAGUGUUUGUAGAGCCGGUCUGUUUCUACGUUAUCGUACCUAUCGCCUUUUCUCCCAGUUAUAUCUUUUGAAUAAUCAUGGCACACUUCAACUACCUGAGUGAAGAAGAACAGGCUAAGCUGCGACAAACGGCUGAGGCUAUAGUUGCUCCUGGUAAAGGGAUCCUGGCUGCUGAUGAAAGCACAUCCACAAUGGGAAAAAGGUUGGCAGGAAUUGGUGUCGAGAACACAGAAGAGAACAGGAGACAAUAUCGCCAGUUGCUGUUUACAAGUGAUGAAAUAAUGAAAGAUUACAUCAGUGGAGUCAUUCUUUUUCAUGAGACUGUGUAUCAAAAGACUGACGAUGGAACACCAUUUGUUCAGGUACUCAAAAACCGUGGUAUCAUUCCAGGCAUUAAGGUUGACAAAGGUGUUGUCCCACUGAUGGGAACUGAUGAGGAGUCCACCACUCAAGGUCUGGAUGACUUGACCAAAAGAUGCCAGGAGUACAAAGAACAAGGAUGUUUAUUUGCUAAGUGGAGGUGUGUUCUAAAGAUCAGAGAACACAACCCCUCUCCUCUAUCUAUCUUGGAGAAUGCCAAUGUUUUGGCUCGUUAUGCAACAUGUUGUCAACAAGCUGGCAUCGUACCUAUUGUUGAGCCUGAAGUAUUACCUGAUGGAACCCAUGAUCUGGACAGAGCCCAAAAGGUCACAGAGAAAGUCCUUGCUGCAGUGUACAAGGCUCUGAGUGACCACCAUGUUUACCUGGAAGGUACACUUCUGAAGCCCAACAUGGUGACUGCUGGUCAAAGUUGUUCUAUAAAAUAUACACCCCAAGAUGUUGCCAAAGCAACUGUGACUGCUCUGCAGCGAACAGUUCCAGCUGCUGUUCCUGGCAUUACAUUUCUGUCUGGUGGUCAGUCUGAGGAAGAGGCUUCUAUCAAUCUUGAUGCUAUCAACAAGUAUCCAGGAAAGAAACCUUGGGCUUUAACAUUUAGUUAUGGACGUGCUCUCCAGGCAAGUGCUCUGAAAGCUUGGUGUGGCAAAACUGAGAGUGUGAAGGCUGGACAAGAAGAGUUCCUGAAGAGAGCAAAGGCCAACAGUGAAGCAGCUCUUGGAAAGUAUGGUGGUGGAGUUAGUGGUGCUGCAGCAGAAGAGAUCCUUUUCAUUAAAAACCAUGAAUACUAAACAACAAACUACCUUUCUUGGUGAAUUAUAUAAAUACUAUUAUGCGAGAUUUAUUUCUGUAGUAUCUGCAUAAAUGUUUCAGAAUUGUAAAGGAUUUUUUUUUUCGUUAUAGUUAUAUUUGUCUAGGUCCAUAUUUCUUCACAUUAUAGUUUUUUACAAUUCUUCCAUCAGAAAUAAUCAAGAAUAUAUCUUAAAAAUCUCUGUUAUCCUCAAAACCUAUAAUUAUGUACCAGUGUAGUAAAAGUAGAAUUCUAUAUUUACCAGUGUACAGUGUUUGGUGGUGUACUUUAAAUUAUUAAAUUAAAAAUUGUAAUAAAGUGUAUUAUAAUUUCAUUAGUGGAACAGCUUAGAAAGCAAAUGGUGUUACAUGUUCCAUUCCGCUUUAAACAUGUAAUAUGUGAUGUUUCAUAAUAUUAAAUACUAGUUGUAAUUAAAAUUGGACAUUAUUCUCUCUUUUUUUGCAGUGCUGUAUACUUAUAUGUGCAUUACUGUGAACUGUGAAAUAAAGUUUUAAAGAGUGUU